GGUAGACAUACUUGGGCGUUUCAUUGUGAUUUGUCAGUGCACAUUGCCCGGUGUCCGGGUAAGAUGGCGUCGGAAGAGCAGUGCUCGGCACCACCUCAAUGGCGGUCGAUAUCUCUUACCCAUGUAGAGUUCCCUGCCGGUGACCUGACUGGACAAGUGUUGGCCUACACCAGCCUACUUCCAAUGGCUGUUCUCGUGGGCUUCGUCACCCUCAUAGUUUUCAAGCGAGAAUUGCACACUAUCUCCUUCUUUGGUGGACUUGUGCUGAAUGAAGGGGUGAACUGGCUGCUGAAGCACAUUCUUAGGGAGCCACGCCCUUGCGGAGCAGGGACACAUACAACCCUGAACACAGAGUAUGGCAUGCCUUCCAGUCAUUCCCAGUUCAUCUGGUUCUUUGUGGUUUACUUCUUUCUUUUUCUCUAUUUAAGAAUGCAUCAAACGAACAACGCCCGGUGUGUGGAGCUGCUGUGGAGACACAUACUGUCCAUCGUCUUGUUAGGGAUGGCCUUGUCAGUGUCCUACAGCAGGGUUUACCUGUUGUACCACACCUGGAGUCAGGUUUUCUAUGGAGGAGUGGCGGGCAGCACCAUCGGGGUUGUGUGGUUCUUCUUCACUCAGGAGGUGCUGACGCCGCUGUUCCCCAAGAUGGCCGCGUGGCCGAUAUCAGAGUUCUUUCUGGUGCGAGACACGAGCCUGAUCCCCAACAUCCUCUGGUUUGAGUACACAGUGACCAGAUCUGAAGCGAGAAACAGACAACGAAAACUCGGAACAAAACUUCAGUGAUCUCAGUGGUCCCUUGGUGAAACUGAGUUAAAGGAUCACACACACACACAGACACACACACAAAUAUUCAAGAAAACACACUGGAGAGCCACCAUCUUCUGGACUGACCUGGUUGCUAAGAAUAAAAGGGCCAAACCGUUUACAGGUGGACCAAAAGAGAGUGCCUGGACCUGGCUGGGGGAACUGACAACGGGAGAAUGUCCGGCCACAUGCCUCUCCUUCUUGUACAGCUUGCCCAAAAUGCUUCCCAAUGCAUGCAAGUUCGUGCAAGAGGCAUACUAUUUAAUUAUAAAUUAAUAUAUAUUUUAACUGUAAACGCACGCUGACAGUAAACGUGUACUGUAAGAGAAAGAGGGCUCUAUCAAUUAACAAACAUUGGGCUGGUUAUUAGUACAGCAUGAAAUUUGUGAAUCUUUUAUUUUGUUUUUGCACACUCAUGGUUAGCUGGUUGAGUUAGUUCAGUAAGUUCCUUUUAAGUUCUAUUUUGGUGUAGGUAGUUGGUAGAGGCUGAAAAUGAUUGGGUUGGGGAUUUAUUUGGUAAUGGGUACAAUAACUUGGAAAAUUAAAGUAACUUUUUUUCAUUGUUGUUUACCAGAAGAGAACAAUUUUUAAACGCUAGUUAAAAUGUAAUAUAAACAAUUACUUGCACUUUGUGAAAAAAGUACACUAGUUACAUGUUAAAGAAACCCCCUAGUUUUUGUGUUUAUCUUUUGCCUCUGGUACCCUCUAGCAUCUGUCUGUGUUUAAUGGUUGUCCAACCUCUGUAUUUGGAUCCAGAACUGACUUGCAAGCAUCUAUGCCCUCACCUAUGGUAUAAAGCUAAUGACUUAAGCAUCAAAAGUCUUUUGUUGAAGAGAUUAUUGAGACAGUGCAUAAGAACCACCACUGAGCUUUAUAUGUUAAAUAAUUGUUUUCAUACAUUUUUGGGUAAAGGCUUCCUCGAGUUAUACAAGGAAGUGUUUUAUCAAAUCUUCCAGGGAUAGAAGUUCCUGGGGAAUUGUUUAGUUUUUUCUUAUUUUCUAUUUGUUUGAAGUUGUAAAGAGAACAUGAAAUUGUUUUUCCACUCUUUCUGUUUAACUGCCUUUUAAAGACAAUGUUCCACAUCACAGGGGGAGGAAACAAACGAUUUGCUGAGAGGAUUAAAAAAAAUAUAUAUGUAUAUAUGCGUAUAUAUAUACAUAUACAUAUAUAUAAUGUGUGUGUGUUUAUGUAUAUGUGUGUGUGUUUAUGUAUAUAAAACCUCGGGUCAAUCGUAGCAUUUUUUUUCUAAGCUGUUUUCCUCACCACCAGGGCAGUGCAGUAAGGCUGUGUGUUGAGGCUCUAAAGUGAUUUGAACUGUCACAUCAUAUCUCCACAAAGGGAAGCAUUUCUCUUAAUUUAUCCAUGUGUAACCCAUAUCAGGCUGAAUAAAUAAAUUGUGUUUAUGUA